GCGCGCUCGAUUACCUUUACUUCGUGUUUCAGCCUUUUCCCACCACUCACCUACCGGUGCUGCCACGGUCCAUCCUCCUAAACCUCUUAGAAAUCCCGACUUUCUUGUCCAGCAUCAUGGAGGACGUCAAGUUCAACCGGUCGCAUUCCAACUCGCCGCUGCCCGAGGCCGGCAACGACCCAAGCGAUCCCCUGCGGCCUGAGAUCGAGGAAGAGCACUCGGUUCCAGACCCCACCAAUGCCGAGCCGUAUCAAGAUAUGGAGGUGACGGAGAACAAGGAGGAGAUGCCCGACGACGACGACAUCCAGGCCGGCCUUUCAGACAACGAGUCUGUGCUGUCCGAGGCGCUAGACGACGAGCAGUUUGACGAGCAGUUUGGCGACUUCGAUGCGAGCAACAUUGCUAUUGAAGAGCGCCCGGCGCAGGCCAUCGACGAGGACAAUGUCAACCAGAUUGGUGUGCACAAGCGGAAGCGGGCCGCGGGCGAGGGUGAAGAGCCUAAAAAGAAGAAGAAGAGGGCAGACAAGCCGCGCCGGAAGAAGAACAAGGAUGGCGAUGAGGGCGAGGGCAUUGCAGAGGGCGAUCGGAGGAGCAAGCGGUCCAAGAAGGCGGGUAGGGUCCGAGGCGCGAGCCCAGACGAUGACGCGGAUGAGAACCUCACUCCAGAAGAGCGCCGAAAGCGCGCUCUCAAUGCGCAGAUGGAUGCUAUUGUUAAGAGUGGCUCAUCACGACGCCGCAAGAAGGACGGCAUCGAUCUCGAGCAAAUGGCCGACCAGGAGAUCGAAGAGAUGCGCCGCCGCAUGGCGCAAGCUGCCGAAGCCGACAACGAAGGCCGAAAGCGCAACGAGCCUGCCCGCCACAAGCUCAAGCUUCUCCCCGAAGUCACGGCCUUGCUCAACAAGAAUAGCCUGAGGGAAACCAUAGUAGACCCCGAGGUCAAUCUCUUGGAGUCAGUUCGAUUCUUCCUCGAGCCCCUUAGCGACGGUAGUCUUCCCGCAUACGACAUUCAGAAGGAGCUCUUCGCUUCCCUGGCCAAGCUACCCGUCAACAAGGACACACUCGUCGCGUCUGGCAUCGGCAAGGUCAUCAUGUUCUACAUCAAGAGCAAGCGCCCGGAAUUGACGAUCAAGAGACAAGCCGAGCGCCUUUUCACAGACUGGACCCGUCCGAUUCUUAGGCGAACGGACGACUUCCGCAAGAAGGAGUUUGCCCAAGCUGACUAUGAUCCAACUAAGCUUCGAACCGGCGAUAGAACCAUCAGCAGCCAGGCUGCGGUUCAGGCAGCUCGGAGGAAGAAGGAUCUCGAAGCUCCUCGCGCCUUCCAACGCGCUCGUAUGGAAGCCGGUCCGAGCACGUACACCAUCGCACCC